AGUGGCUGGCCGACUCCGCGUGCCGGCAACGGUCCCAGCAAUCAGCCUUCUCCAAGUCGCCGGGAGCAUGCCGCACAGCCGCCGCCUCUGACCACGGCAUUGAGCGGCCAUCAAUACCAGGGCCUUGGGGUGGGAGUCGGUGGUUACAUAUCGACGCCGCUGUCAACAACUUCUCUCUCCAGUCCCUUCACCCACAGCCAGUCUCCCGCAGUGACGACGCCCGGCGGGCUGUCCGUCGGUCCAUCAUCCUCCAUGGCUUCCAGACAGUACAAUAUGCCGUAUAACCCUCAGGAUUGGGGCCCUGUCGGUGUGAGCGCGGGACAGGCUGCGUAUCAGCAGCACCAGACUCUUCGGGUCGUCUCGCACCCGCGACAUCCAGGCACUCACUCAGACAUGUCUCUCUCUCCGCCCCCUCCACCUUAUUCACCCCCCAGCCAACCCCAAGCGCAAUCACAGCACCAGCAGCAGCACCAGCAACCGCAGACCAACCAUACCGCCCAAUACGCGGCCUCGAAUCGCGGCUCGGUAUCCCCCGGAGCAGGUUCCACUUACGGCGGAGGAGCACACGCCAGCACGGAGCCCCCAGUGGAGUAUCGCCAGCAUGCGAUGUCCCGGACGCGUCCUUUGACCAUAGUGCAAGAUGCCAGCCAUCCCAGGCAAAUGAAUAUACCACCGCCUCCUCCGUUACCGCAAGGUAUCCCGUCUUCUAGAUCAUCCUCACAGAACCGGGCAGAUCCCUACCCAGAACAGUCGUCUUUCGCCACGAGCUCCCGGCCGUAUGGCGUGGUAUCUCCGGGUCAGCAUAUGUCGCCGCAGGCAAAUGGAUAUGGCCAUGAUAAUUCCUCUCUCUUUGAGGAUCUCUCCCGCCCACCGGCGUCGAGGAGGGCGGUCUCCGCUGGGCCAGUGGUGAGCAGUGCUGGUUCCUCGCGCGCGGCCAGCCAGUCUCGGAGUGGAUCACCGCCCGAAGGAUCUGGCUGGGCGCCCGGGAUGCCGCUCCCUCCGCCUCCGCCCGGUCCUCCGCCGACCUCCAGGUCGCAGAGUGUUAAUGGUCUGCAGGACCAUUCAUCGUUGCGUAACUCCCCGCAUUCCAGCAGGACAGCCAGACGACCACCCCCCGUCCUGGGGACUACUCUCGGUAGCGUCCCCCCCACGCCAGCGGAUUGGGUGGACGAGGGGCGCAGCCAAUCCAGAAACAGGGGCAAAGCUCCUCUCAACGUCAACACAACCGAUUUAUUGAGGUCACCUGCCGGACCGAGCACCGCUGGAUCCAACGACCCGUCGCAGGCGAAUAGUGGGCUGUUCCGGAGUCCAGCCAUUCGCGACCCCAGCGCCAAGGGGAUCCGAGAACGGCGGAUUGAGCGCCGCAAUCGACAGAGCCAGGUUAUUGAUGACUUUAGCGCGGUCUCAGCCCAGAGCAAUAGCAAUCCAUGGGCCGACGCGUUGGACCAGGUGAAGCCCUCAGAUUUGGUCCUGGAUGAUCAGCACAGCACCCCGCCACACUCUCGAAGCCAAGGACCAACUAAGUUCACCACUCCGCGCAGCACAACCAGCACCACUUCGGAUGGGCAGCUGCCGUCGACGUCGCGCUCUCGUGCCUCGUCUACGGGACUGUUCUCCAAUCGUUCCGCCUACUCGACGCCUCGAGCGGAACCAAGUCCACUGGGGCCGUCUCGAACGUAUGCCCAAACACCCCCUUUCUCUCCCGACGAGACAUCGUCAUCCUCGGGCCCGAAGCCGGCCUCCCAGGCCUUGCCCCCGAAAGCGCUCCCUACCCCUCCUCUCCACUCCGGACAAGAGAUGGGCACUCCGUCUCGUUCUGGAUCCCGCGGAGAACGACCGGUAUCGCAUCUACUGCACUUGCCCAACGAGGCGGCGUCUUCGGUUCCGCCGCCGCUCUCACCGCGCCGAGUCUCGUCUCAAAGCUCGUCGCUUGACGCGGUUGUCAAUCGCGACCUGACUUUCGUCCAGAACGCCAUGCAACGACACAAAGAGUUCAUCGAGAAGGAAGCGGCUGCGUCAGAUGAGGCGGAGGCUUUGAAGAUUUUCGCCGAUUACAUGAUCGCAGAGUCGCAGAUUCGCCGCGAGCGGUAUACGAAGGCUUGGGACACCGGUGUGUUCGAUGUCGAAGGAGUCCGCCAGAAGCUAUUUGUAUUGCCCCCGAAGCCGAAGCCGGCCCCGGCCCCGGCAAUGCCGCCACCGCCGCUAUCACGGCGGCCUUCACGGGGAGCGCCCCGGCUUGACAUUCCCCAGUCGCGGCCCGAGUCCGCCUGGUGGAACAAUUACCAGCCCUGUCUGUCCCCGAUUGCCAGUCUUGGCAUCAGCAAUGACGAGAUGAGCUCGAGAGGCCGCGCCCCCAGCCGUUGGUGGGAGUCCCAUUCCAGCAGCGAAGGCGGCGAUCGGAGGGUCCAACGGUCGAAGCGAGAGUCCAAGUACAUGGGUCUGCCCCGCGAGGCUCUACAGUGGGCUCAAGGAGGAGCAGGGGGAGGGUUGGCCGACUCCAGACACGUAGGCGCGACCUUGGAUGCGGCGGAGCCGUACGCCUCGUACGGCCCGGACGAGUAUCCACCGGAGAAGGUCGGAUGGCACGAGGAGCAUGCGGCAUCGGACUAUUCCAGCACGGUGGGCCACGGGGCGUACCUCAACGAGACACCGAAGAUGGAUGUGUCCCGGCUUAUUACGCUGCCUCCGCCUUAUCCCCGACACCAUCCGGCCGUCAACAACAGCCACCCCGAGCUGGUCACCUACCGGACGCUAGUCCGGUCAGUCAGCGAGCUGUCGGACAUCAAAGCGACGCGGCAGCGCCACCAGGCAGAAGUGGAGACCCUGCGGCAAGACCACCGGCAGCGCGUCCAGGAAGGCCGUCGGCAGUUCAAAGCGAACAUCCAGAGCCAGAUCCAGCAGGGCAGCCUAACGUUCGCGGAAGCCGCCGAGGCGGAGGCGGCGCUCACCGUGGAGGAGCACCAUCUCGAGAGAGCACUAGCCCAGCGGGAGCUCGACUGCUACCAGGAGUCGGUCAUGGAGCCCAACCACCAGGUGCUGAAGGACCGCAUCCAGAAGGCGACCGCGUGCAUCGACGAGCUCCAGAGCAAGCUCUUCGACGACGCCCAGCACGAGACCCCCGAUCAGACGCAGGCAGAGGGGGACGAGAAGCCCGAACUCCUGGAGAAGCUCACGCAGCUGAAAUGGCUGUUUGAGGCGCGCGAGCAGCUCCACCGCGAGACGUACGACCUGGUCAGCGACCGCGACGAAAAGUACAAAGCGGUCGUGGUACUCCCUUACCAGCAAAAGAAGCACGACGACAAAGUGCGCGAGACGCACGCGUUCUUCAUCAAAGACGGCCUCGACCGCCGGACGAACUACGAGGCCAGCGCACUCGCCCGUCUCGAGUCCUUCCACGCCGUGAUCGAGGAGAAUGUCGUCCGGGGCGUGGAGAUGCAGCUGUCCGCCUUCUGGGACAUCGCCCCCUCCCUAGUCGCACUGGUGCAGCAGAUCCCCGACCUGCUAGGCGGCUUCCAGAUCCAGAUCCCGGCCAACGAGUACGAGGAGAACCCCAGCUACCACCGCCACCCGCUGCAGUACCUCCACUCGCUGCUGUCGCACGCCGAGAAGUCCAGCUACCAGUACAUCGAGUCGCAGAUCAAUCUCUUCUGUCUGUUGCACGAGGUCAAGUCGGCUGUCAUGCGCGCCCACUGCAAGCUGAUGGAGGCGGAGCGCAUCCGCCAGGGCGAGGCCGAGGACAGCGUGCGUCGCGAGAUGCACGAGUCCCGCGCUAACGAAGAGCGCGCGCUGACCAACGAUCUGAAAGAUAAGGUGGCUACGGUGGAGGGACAGUGGACGGAGGCUCUCGGCAGUCCCAUCCAGGACCUCCGUCAGCGGGUACGGGGACAGCUGGAGGCGGAGGAUGGCUGGGAGGAUUUGGAACAGUUGGAACAGACUUGAUUUACAAAAGGGUUGGAUGUUAGGGGGCGUUUAACUUUACUUUGCUGUCUUUAUAUUUCUGUCUUUCUGCUCCUGUCUUCUUUAUUUGGCCAUCAGCGGAAGAUACCCAUUACGUUCGCUACAGUUAUGAAUUCGCGUUUUGAUAUGGAAAAGUUGCCUGAGGAACCCACGUUUGUAACGAUGACUAAUGUUCACGUGACGCAUUCUAGCAGUUUCGGUUCCGCGUCCGCCGAUUUUUCUCGCUUCUCCGACGUCGCCUUAUUUAACACUCUCUCCUUCCUCCUCCUCCUUUUCUGACUUCAUCUUCUCCUCGCUACUCUCAGGAUUGAUUCUGUCCUGGUAUACUCCAUUUUCCAU